AUUUAAUCCAACUUGAACCUUUUUUUGCAGAAAUGCUUGAUUUUUGGACGACGUUGGGUCUUAUAGCGGCCACGCUAACCCUUGCUUAUUUCUACGCCGUGAGGAAAAAUGACUUCUGGGCGAAAAGAGGAAUCCCUUUUAUCAAGCCUGUUCCUUUCUUUGGAAAUAUGACCAACACUGUACUGAAGAGAAAAUCCAUUGCCGAUGUGUUUACAGACAAUUACAAGCAACUAAAGCCUUACGGAUUUGGUGGUAUUUAUGAAUUCAUGAAACCAACCCUCAUAGUUACUAGUCCUGAGCUUAUUCGCGACAUGACUGUAAAAAAUUUCGAUUUCUUCCACGACAGGAGGAUAAUUGUCACAAAAGAAACUGACCCUCUGUUUGCUCGCUCCCUUCCUGGUUUAAAAGGAGACGAGUGGCGCGAAAUGCGCAACAAACUGAGCCCAGCUUUCACCGCAAGCAAACUGAAACUCAUGUUCCCGCACAUCAGCAAGUGCGCCAGUCAGUUCGCCAAGUUCCUAAUAACCAGAGAAGAAGCCAACACCCAACCCAUCGAGUUUAAGAGCACGUUUACCAGAAUGACCAAUGACGUGAUUGCAACAACAGCUUUUGGGAUUGAAACCAAUGCGGUUCAAAACCCAGAGGAAAAGUUCUACAAAAACGCACAAAUCAUGACUGAUUUUGGAGCCGUGCGCAGUUUGAUUGCUUUGGGCUUCGUGGUGUUUCCAAAGCUGAUGGCUGCAUUAGGAUUUUCGUUUACGCCCAAGGAGGUGACAAAUUACUUCCAACAACUUAUCAAGGGGGCGAUGGAGUACAGAGAGAAGAAAAAUAUUACGCGGCCGGACAUGCUGCAGCUUUUGAUGGCCGCCCAGAAAGGCAAGUUAAAAAAUGAGGCUGACGAGGAUGUAGGAACAGUUGGAGAAGAUGUUGCUGACUCUGAGCUGCACAAAAAACAUAUGGCAACCAAGAAGGGCGAUUCCAUGAAUAUUACUGAUGAAGACAUAGCGGCUCAAGCUUUUGCCUUUUUCUUCGCUGGGUAUGAUACAGUGGCCACCGUUCUCGCCUUUUUAGCUCACGAGCUGGCUGAUAAUCCAGAGGUCCAAGAACGCCUCUGUGAAGAGGUGGAUGCCACAAUUCAGGAAGGACCUUUGUCAUAUGAGUCUGUAAUGGGUAUGAAAUACCUCGACAUGGUUAUUUCUGAGGCUUUGCGAAAACAUCCGCCAGCAGUGGGAACUGACAGGACUUGCAUUAAAAAUUAUAAAAUCCCUGGCACUGACCAUGUAAUUGAAGCAGGAAUGAUAAUCACAGUGCCCAUCUACCCUCUUCAUAGGGACCCUGAAUAUUUCCCUGACCCAGAGAAAUUCGACCCAGAGCGUUUCUCUGAAGAAAACAAAGCCGACAUCAAACCUUACACGUAUUUGCCAUUCGGAGUUGGUCCGCAUAACUGCAUUGGAAUGCGAUUUGCUCUACUAGAGGUCAAAUUAUGCGUCAUUCAUCUCUUAGCCACGUGCAAAUUGAGAGUGUGCUCCAAAACGGAAAUCCCACUACAACUUUCUAAAAAAUCAUUGACAAUGACCACUGACAAUGGGUUCUGGUUGCUCGCCAUUCCGCGGGAAAAUCCAUCUUUGGAAGAUAAUUACAAGCACCUGAAACCGAACGGAUUUGGGGGUGCUCUUGAGUUCAUGCAGCCAAUAUUCAUGGUAACUAGUCCUGAGCUGAUUCGUGACAUCACGAGUCGGCCAGAUAUGCUCCAGCUGCUGAUGGCCGCCCAAAAAGGAGGUAUCACAAGAGAAAAGAACGACGAAAUCGACUCUCGCACAAUGGGAGAAGAUGAUAUAGCAGAGACCGAACGAAUUAAAGUAUUUUCUUCAGCACGCUUGGAUGAUGGAAAAAGGAACAUAACUGAUGAGGACAUAGCCGCACAAGCAUUUAUUUUCUUCCUAGCCGGAUAUGACACUGUCUCCGCUGUGCUCAGUUUUACAGCCCACUUGCUCGCUUGCAAUCCCGAGGUGCAGCGAAAAUUAUUUGAAGAAAUUUCAAGUGAACUAGAAAGUGGAAAUGCUACUGACUACGAUACCAUAAGAAGCAUGAAAUACUUAGACAUGGUUAUUUCAGAAUCCCUACGGCUGUACCCACCAGCAGUGUUUUCAGAUCGAAAGUGCACAAAGAAUUACAAAUUUCCAAAUUCAGAUUUUGUGAUGGAGGCAGGCCAGGGCAUUGUUUACCCAAUUUUUGCACUGCACAGGUAUCCAGAGCUGUUUGAAAAUCCGGAAAUAUUCGAUCCAGAACGUUUCAAUGACGAGAAUAAGAAAAAAAUUAGGCCAUACACUUAUCUGCCGUUUGGCUCUGGUCCUCACAACUGUAUAGGAAUGAGGUUCGCUUUGCUGGAGGCUAAAGUGUGUUUGGUACACCUGAGCAAGAAAUUCGAACUGGAAGUUUGUGACAAAACGGAACUCCCUCUAAAAAUAUCAACCAAAACUUUCCAAAUGACAACAGACAAUGGUUUUUGGCUUAGACUUAGAGCCAGAAAAAUGCUUGAUUUUUGGACGACGUUGGGUCUUAUAGCGGCCACGCUAACUCUUGCUUAUUUCUACGCCGUGAGGAACUAUGACUACUGGGCAAAAAGAGGAAUCCCUUUUAUCAAGCCUGUUCCUUUCUUUGGAAGCAUGAUCAACACUGUAUUGAAAACAAAAGCCUUUGCCGAUGUGUUUGUAGACAAUUACAAGCAACUAAAGCCUAACGGAUUUGGUGGUAUUUAUGAAUUCAUGCAACCAACCCUCGUGGUUACUAGUCCUGAGCUUAUUCGCGACAUGACUGUAAAAAAUUUCGAUUUCUUCCACGACAGGAGGAUAAUUGUCUCAAAAGACACUGACCCUCUGUUUGCUCGCUCCCUUCCUGGUUUAAAAGGAGACGAGUGGCGCGAAAUGCGCAACAAACUGAGCCCAGCUUUCACCGCAAGCAAACUGAAACUCAUGUUCCCGCACAUCAGCAAGUGCGCCAGUCAGUUCGCCAAGUUCCUAAUUACUAGAGAAGGAGCCAAAACCCAACCCAUCGAGUUUAAGAGCACGUUUACCAGAAUGACCAAUGAUGUGAUUGCAACAACAGCUUUUGGGGUUGAAACCAAUGCGGUUCAAAACCCAGAGGAAAAGUUUUACAAAUACGCACAAAUCAUGACUGAUUUUGGAGCCGUGCGCAGUUUGAUUGCUUUGGGCUUCAUGGUGUUUCCAAAGCUGAUGGCUGCAUUAGGAUUAUCGUUUACACCCAAGGACGUGACAAACUACUUCCAGCAACUUAUCAAGGGUGCAAUGGAGUACAGAGAGAAGAAAAAUAUUUCACGGCCGGACAUGCUGCAGCUUUUGAUGGCCGCCCAGAAAGGCAAGUUAAAAAAUGAGGCUGACGAGGACGUAGGAACAGUCGGAGAAGAUGUUGCUGACUCCGAGCUGCACAAAAAACAUAUGGCAACCAAGAAGGGCGAUUCCAUUAAGAUUACUGAUGAAGACAUAGCGGCUCAAGCCUUUAUCUUUUUCUUCGCUGGGUAUGAAACAGUGGCCACCGUUCUCGCCUUUUUAGCUCACGAGCUGGCUGAAAAUCCAGAGGUCCAGGAGCGCCUCCGUGAAGAGGUGGAUGCCACAAUCCAGGAAGGACCUUUGUCAUAUGAGUCUGUCGUGGGUAUGAAAUACCUCGACAUGGUUAUUUCUGAGACUUUGCGAAAAUAUCCGCCAGCAGUGGGAACUGACAGGACUUGCAUUAAAAAUUAUAAAAUCCCUGGCACUGAACAUGUGAUUGAGGCAGGAAUGAUACUCUCAGUGCCCAUUUACCCUCUUCACAGGGACCCUGAAUAUUUCCCUGAGCCAGAGAAAUUCGACCCAGAGCGAUUCUCUGAAGAAAACAAAGCCGACAUCAAACCUUACACGUAUUUGCCAUUCGGAGUUGGUCCACACAACUGCAUUGGAAUGCGAUUUGCUCUAUUAGAGGUCAAACUAUGCGUUAUUCAUCUCUUAGCCACUUGCAAAUUGAGAGUGUGCACCAAAACGGAAAUCCCACUUCAACUGUCUAAAAAAUCUUUUGCAAUGACCACUGACAAUGGAUUCUGGUUGCUUGCUAUUCCGAGGGAAAAUCCUACUUUAAAAGUUUAAUAUAAGAAUGAAGCUAUGCCAAAUAAUGUAUUUUUCAAUUUGAAAUGGAUUUCAAUGAAAUGAAAAAUUGAUUUCUGAAACAUGAAAUAAUAAACUAUAUAAUUAUACUAUGCCUUAUUAUAAA